AUGACUGCCAGUGCUCUAAUUUCAAGCAGCGGACGUGAGUUUAAUCGGCCAACAUUGGUCCUGGCAAUGCCAUUAAGUCUAUGCUGUGUGUAUCUGUGGAUUCGGCUCAAUGUCAGACAGGACGUGAAAUUGUUGGUAAAGGUGUUCGGAUCAUGUUCGAUAUAUAAGAAGACGCUUGUAGAACGAGGCAAACCUGCAUGCGCCCUCUCAUUGCUGACCGCUGUUACACUGCGUUUUCUUCCUCGAUCAUGCUCGCCUCCUUUCUCUCAAAAGAAACAGGGAAACGAGUUACACCUCACUUUUCCACCCGCUACGUCUUGCCAAAUCCUCCUCCAUGGGAUCCAUGGGAGGAAAGGGUUCGAGAAUUGCUCAGAACCACCGAUAACUGGGAUACAAUUCGACACAUCUGCGAGCUCCCUUUUCGAGAUCGAAAUACACCUCAAGUUACGUUAUUGGACCGGUGGGAUUCUGGAUUAGAUUCCUUUUUGAUAUCCUUUGCAACAAGAGAUCGACACGACGAAAUCCUCGGGUGGGCCACAGAUCGCUUGCGGGGAAAGGGGAAAAUACGUUGAAGUCAAGAAGGUGAGUCUUUGAGCGAUGUUCUCUAUUGCGAUAUUCUGAUAGCAUCAACAGCAUUUGCGUUCCCGGCACCCUCUAGCAUACUGGAUUCUUACUAGUAGCCUACAACUUAGCUCUACCCAGCCCCAAGAUUCCCUUAGCUAUCUGUUCCGUUCCAUUUCGGACAUAUUUACAAGUACGAACCCGGCUUGUAUAGUCAAUCGAUUUGCCGUUCUCAAUGUUCGGUUUACCCUCAUGAAGGAGAAGGAAGGCGUUUGGAGGCGAGAUUUUUCCUUUCUCGGAGGCAUCACUUGCAAUAAGCCAAUGGAAUUGGCUGAGUCAAUCACGGACACCGAGAGCGAGCUCUUUCGCAACUUUUCAGUCAAUCAUUUCCUCCAACAUCGCAAGAAAACCCGCUUCAAGUAUGGCAAGCAAUGGUCAGCGUUAAGUGAUGAUGUCCUCGCAUGUCUUACUGCUGACCGUAGCUUGGUGGGGCGUAUUACAAAGGUUGUAAAGGCAAGUGAAUUUCUUCUUCUUUACCUGUUUUGACCAAGUCUAAUACUUUCUAGCAUCUUCGUCUCUUACGGAACCAAAGCUCUUUGAUAGCAGUUCUUGAUGGCAUUCGAAGGGCAGAAGUUCCUGCUAUAGAGCUAUCAGAGAUAUCGAAAUUGUUUAGACUCAUCGACUUGCACAACAACUAUGCCUUCUACCGGCAACAGUCAUCCAAGGAGUCUAACCCCGUGCUUCCGUUUCUACUUCCUUACUUUCAAGCGAGUACAAUUGAUCCUGUUGGCGGGCUCAUUGAAUUCUUCCAAUUUGUGCCAUGCUUUGAAUGGAGACAACAGCGUGGCAGAUUGGUCGAAGAAGAAAGCGACCUGUCACAGAUAGUACGAGAGGGCUUCGGCAUCGAAGAGGUUUGGAUCACAUUGUACAACGCGUUUGCGAUCGCAUCAGCUAUGCUUAUCCGUCUAUGCCAUCGAUGCAUAUACAGAUACAGAACACAGCAUCCCGAUAUCGAGCAAUGCUUGCAAGUUCCCAAGCCCUCAAACUCUCUCCAAUCGACUUCUUCCAGAACCCGGCUUCUAUGUUCUUCUCUUCCGGAAAUCCGCGACGGUCAAAGGGGGAAGGGUAAAGCAGCGGAGUUGCAGGAAAAAAUUGGCGCCUGGUGGGACAAGCCUCCGAAUAUUCCCAUACGAGUUUUUCGGGAGCCUCGAUUACGACGUAAUCAAGCGUAUUGCUGCAACUGCGAUAGGAAACGCAAAUACGAUUGUAAAGAUGUGUGCCUAUGUCAACACAUUCGCAAGGGGUGCAACGCUUGCUUGUAUAGGCCAAAUUCGGCAACAGAACCAUUGAAUCCAGGAAAAGUCGUCGUCCUCAACCAGUCCCAGAUUUCUCAAUCAAAUACUAAAAGAAUUAGAGCAAGUCUGGCCUUGCAGAGCCUGUUAAUACAUACAUCAGUAUCGUUCUCGGAGAUCUACAACGUCAUCGGUCAGCUUUCAUCUGAGGAAUGUUGGCUUUUGUCGUGUACACGGGAAGAAUUUUCACAGCAAGAGUUCCUCUAUCGCUUCGCAGUAGGAGGAACAGGGGCUGAAUAGGAGAAUAUGAUAAAGAUAGGGGCUUUGUACAACCCAGGCCUGACAGUGGAAGAGCUCUGCAAGCUUUGGAAUUGCCUUAUUGUAAGUUAAUUUGAACACGAGAUACGAUAUCAAACUAAUUUCCUACCAAGGAGAAUAUUAAGUCAAAGGUGAAAUUCCUAGCAGGAGAUACGUGGGAAGUACAGAAAGAUUUCUCCGUCGAACCAGUAAGUGCUUCUACGACAAUUUUCUCAUACCAAAUAAGUAACUAUAGGCAGAUCCCUACCCUAAUUGUUGAGGAGCAAGGUAGAUAUGAGGAUGCUACCAAAGCCAUCAAGCAACUAGUAGUUCCUCUGCUCUCUCAUGAUCAAAUUAUGCCUCCCUUCGUGAUUUCUUGGACCGAAAGUCUUCUACCUGAACAUCGGUUGCUCUUGUGUAUUAUGCUCCAGACAUUCCCCAAGCCUGGGGAGCUGUACGAUGUGUGUUUUAAGAGGAGAGAACCUGACUUCCAUCAAUGGGAAAAUUUACAGAGGCAGUAUCUUGCGUAUAUGGGGAAAGCGGCGACUUUGCCGAAAAUACGUUUAACCUUAGAGACAAUCCUAGGUCUGGUUUAUUGGUCAAGGAUGCUGAAAGAUCAAGGUCGUGACUAA